AUGCUUUGCGCCGACUCAAUAAAAUCACGGCUGGAUAGGGUCAUCGGCGCACUGGGACACAAAAACCCACGGAUGAGAAUCCUAGAAGUGGGAGCUGGCACGGGAGCCAUGACUGACUCCUGCAUCAGGGCGUUGAGCAUGGACUUUCCAGCGGACCCAAAUCUGCGUCGUUACGGUCAGUGGGACUUUACUGAUAUUUCGAGCUCCUUUUUCCCGGGAGCACAGGAAAUGUUUGCAGCAGAAGGCCAGCGUAUGCGAUUCAAGGUUCUUGAUAUUGAAAAGGAUCCUGAAAUACAGGGGUUUGAGUGUGGCACUUACGAUAUGGUCGUAGCAUUCAUGGUAAUACAUGCCACGAAGGAUUUGGUUGUUAGCUUGAGCAAUGUGCGGAAACUAUUGAAGAAGGGUGGAAAGCUUCUACUGUUCGAAAUCACUCACCUUCACCCGCUCAGGCUCAAUCUUAUCUUUGGUUUGCUUGAUGGAUGGUGGAGAAGUACGGAAGCAUACCGCCAGGCCGGCCCCUGCAUCAGUUCCGAGAAGUGGGGAGAGCUCCUAAAGGAGACAGGCUUCUCAGGAUGCGAUGUUGUAGUCGAUGAUUACGAGGCCGAUGUCUGCCGUGAAGGAAGCAUGAUUGUGUCAACAGCCGUAGCUCCAGUCCCUACCGAUAUCACGGCAGUGAACAUCAUCAUCAAUCCGGAAGACCAGAAACAGGCUGAUCUGGCUGCGGCGAUAUCUGAUCGGCUCCAGCAGCUUAGUAUUUCAAGGAUCACCCUAACAUCCAUGACUGACAUCGCACAGCGAAAGCUAUCGGCGAACUUGUUAGACAUCAGCCUUCUGGAAGCGACAACCCCUUUUGUAUGCGACAUGGACAGCUCGGAGUAUGAAAGCUUGCAGGCACUGGUAGCUUCCACCAAGAGCCUCAUCUGGGUUGAUGAGGGCGGAGGGCGGCAGCCUCAUCCCAAGUACCGACUAGUCGAUGGGCUGUUUAGGGCUCUUAGUGGGGAGAUGUACCGGGCUCGACUGACAAACCUGAGUCUGGAGCGUCACUCCUCAAGAGAGCACAAAGCAGCGCAGAUUUGCAAGCUAGUCUUGUCUGUUAUUGGUGAUGUUGAAAGGGGUGCAGACACGGAAUACACGGAAAUAGAUGGAAUACUUCACAUCAGUCGCCUAGUAGAUGCUAGGUCACUGUCCCAAGACGUAGCCAGAAAGGCUCUUCCACAGCACGAGGAGCUGCUACCGUAUGGUUCAGGGCCAUCGUUGAGACUGAAGAUAGGAUCACCUGGUCUCCUGAACACGCUGCAUUUCAUCGAGGACAGGUCCCUGGAAAAGCCACUUGGCUCAAAGGACAUACGAAUCAAGGUCAAAGCCGCUGGUUUGAAUUUCCGCGACGUGCUUGUUGCACUGGGAAGGUUGGAGAGCGAUACCCUCGGGGCAGAAUUUGCUGGUGAAGUUGUCCAGGUUGGAGAUCAAUGCCAGAAGUUCCGGCCCGGCGAUAGAGUUGUCGCCUUCCAUGCCUGUCGCUAUGCUAAUUAUGUUACUUUACAAGAGGACAUGCCCAUCGUUGGGAUCAGGGACGAGAAGAUGCCAUUCACGACGGCUGCUGCUAUCCCUGUAGCUUAUGCAACGGCAUGGAUAAGUCUUACCAAGAUAGCAGCGCUUCAAGCAGGAGAAUCUAUACUGAUUCACUCUGGGGCAGGAGGUACAGGACAGGCUGCUAUACUGGUUGCCCAAUACCUGGGAGCGACGGUCUUUGCAACAGUUUCAACUGAAGAGAAGCGGCAGCUUCUGAUGGACCGGUAUAACAUCCCAACGGAGCAUAUUUUCUCUAGCCGGAACACACUAUUCGCGAAGGGGAUCCGUCGGUUGACUGCCGACAGAGGUGUAGAUGUUGUUCUGAAUUCGCUUUCAGGCGACGGGCUUAUUGCCUCGUGGGAAUGCAUUGCACCGUACGGUCGGUUUGUGGAGAUCGGCAAGAACGAUAUCCUGUCGAACUCCAAACUGCCAAUGCACCCAUUUGAGCGAAACGUGAGCUUCACGGCUACUGACCUUGCUGGGAUGUCGAUCGACAGGCCGCAUAUAAUCAGAGCAGCUUUGGAGACAGUAUUCUCCCUGCUCGAAGAAGGCAAACUAGGCCUGAUUUAUCCUCUGCAGGUCCGGGGGAUUGCAGAUAUUGAACAGGCCUUCAGGCAGAUGCAGACUGGAAAGAACUCGGGCAAGACUGUGUUGGAGAUGAGGGACACGGACGAAGUGAUGGUAAGUCAUGCGAUUAAGGUGGAAACAACAUAUGCUAAUCCAAACAGACUGUUCUGGACACGAAGCCUACAUACACAUUCAAGCCAGAUGCCACAUAUGUUGUUGCGGGUGGCCUGGGCGGCCUUGGUCGAAGCGUUUCUCGUUGGCUUGUUGAGCGGGGAGCACGCAAUUUGA